AUGGUCAUCAGGACCUACUGCCCCAUUCCCAGGCACCAUGACGGCGCGGAGGUGCCUCCGCCACUGCUGCCACGGGAGACGUUCGAGGCCGUGCUCCGGCGUUUGCUUCCCCAAAUGGAUCCCGCGGAUUUGGCCACUUUGGGGGCUCUCUUCCAGGACCCGGUCAGAAAGGACUGCGUCGACUACCGAGCCUUCGUGCAGGGACUACAGGCUCCCGUGAACCAUGCUCGGCAGGAUUGCGCCGCGCGUGUUUUCCGCACGCUCGCGGAG